CGUGCCUGGUGAUUAAUCUGUUCUCUGACCAUGUCCCAGAAGGAUCCCUGCCAGAAACAAGCCUGUGAAAUACAGAAAUGCUUGCAAGCGAACAACUACGUGGAGUCUAAGUGUGAAGCUGUGCUUCAGGAAAUGCGGAAGUGCUGUGCCCGGUACCCCAAGGGCAGGUCCGUAUGCUGUUCAGGGUUUGAGAAAGAAGAAAGAGAGAGAGAAACGUUUAAGGCUGCUUCAAAAGGAAUUCCCCCAUCACCUCAGUAACACACUGCAGCUCCAGCAGGUGCCAGAGCACGGACUCACCUGCAGAGCUCCUAUGUGUUUUUUUCAGUCCUUCUCUAGACUUUCAGGAAAGCCAGAUUGCUCCUAGAACACACCAUCCCGUGCACCAAAAAGUAAAAUGCAGUACCAACAGAUGGCCUGGUUAACAGACUUUAUUUGCUGUACCAAAACAUCAUCUACAUUGUCUUAGCAUUGCACCUGUGUCUGUGAAAAGUCAACUUGAUGUUUUUAGAAUGCUUACCCUCCUCUAAUCCGUCCUCAGUAUCAAAAUGCAGAGGUGGAACCAAGUUCAUUCUGGCUUCUGGAGUGGGAGGUACAGGAAAUAAGCUCAAAAGAGCGAGCUUAAAUGUGACACAUGAAACAAGACCAUCUUGACACAGCAAAGGUAAUGCUGCCAUCCUGCAGUAGUUUCAGAUAACAUUCACCUGUCCACUGGCUCAAGCUCAAGAAUGGGAAUCAGAUCUGGGGUUUGUUCCUAGUUCUGCCGUAGAUCCUGAGUGACUACAAGUCACUUUGCCUAAGUGCCUCACCUUCCCACUGGAUAGAGUUUUGAUUACUUUAUAUUGGGAUUGCCUACACGCUGCUAUUUGCAUGACAAUAAAGAUGUUACAGGAACAUUAUUUCAGGGAUUGCUACAGGAAUAGGAUUUUUAAAAGAGCAAUAUUCAUUUGGAACAUCUGACUGUUGAUAUAAAAAUGAAUUUAUAAAUUUGUUAUGUAUAACUGAACACCUUUAAGCAAUAUGUUAUGAACCCAGCAUAAUUCAAUGCUCUGGUACCCAGAGGCCUAUCACAAAGCCCUGGGCUAGAUCCAAGAACUGAUUUAGGUGCCCUCAAUGAACAAGGUACAGGCACCCACUUUCCACAGAGCACUCCAGACUCUCACUUGCAGGCAUGCUGUGUCUGGACCCCAGGGCGAGAUGGCUUUCCAGAUGCUCUCACCCGUGCAGCAGAAUUUCCUGUGACCUGUAGGCAGAGCUUGGUAGACAGGUUCCUGCAUCACCCUUCAGAGCUGCCUAAGUCUCUCCGUCCACUGUAGCAGGAGUCCAGGCACCUCAGUGGGUGCCAAGUCCAUAACAGGGCCCAGACACCUCAAUAUCAGACUUUGAACCCACUAGGCUCCUAACUCUGUCAUUAGAUCUAGCCGUAAGGACUUUUGUGCGGUGAUCAAGUACAAUUAAUUAUUAAAUACAGCUUCUAUAAACAGACCACUGUAGUCUAGGCACAAUAGAUGAGUGUACUGAAGCCUAGAAGAGCAAACCAUCUGUAUUCACUGCUCUGAAAUACCAUGAUACAAAUAAAUGACUGGAACAAAUUGCAGUCUCAGUUUGGUU